AUGCUGUUCACCCAACAUAAUACUGGCGGGCUUACUUUCGUUUUCGAUGGACCCACUUUACCAUUACUCUUGAACCUCAAUACUUCGCAACUUCUUGCGAACAAGCGCGAAGACUACAAAGGUAACACCGCCUUGAUAUCGAAGUGGCAAGGCAGCCAUCUGUCUUACGAAGCUUUGUAUAGUUCAACCCAAGACGCCGCAGCUAGUUUACUAAACGCUGGUGUCCGUCCUGGAGAUCGCGUGCUAGUUCUGGCCGGUAACACUACAGAAUAUGUACAGUUAUUCUUCGCUACAGGUGGAGUGGGUGCCAUCUUCGCAAUCGUCAAUCCCACCUUCUCGAAGGCAGAAAUCUUAGAGGCCGUGGAGUUUCUGUAUCCAAAGGUGAUCGUCGUUGCGGAACGAAUUGGCUAUCGAAAGUACCAUGAUCUUCUAGAAGAACUUAUUGAGAGGAAAGUACACGAGAGAUCAGUUAUAAUCCAACUGGGGACUACACAGCCAACAUUGAGAGAUGUACUCCCGUGGAACAAGUUUUUCCAAAGCAAGAUGAAUAUCUCCGCCGAACUUUUUGAUAGUUAUUGGGGCAAAGCCGAACCCGAUGACGCCCUCUGCCUGCAGUUUACCAGCGGAACGACUGGUCCUCGAAAGGGUGCACUUCUGACGCAUAAUAAUCUCAUUAACAACGCCUACCUCGUUGGACAUCGUCUGGGUUUCUCGUCUCAAGAUGUGCUCUGCUGCUCUCCUCCAUUGUUCCAUUGCUUUGGCCUGGUCUGUGGUGUACUGGCUGGUAUUGUGGUGCAUGGAAUGACGGUGGUGCUUCCUUCCGAGAUUUUCAACGCAGGGGAGAGUCUUCAGGCCAUCUCCCAGAAUAGCUGCACAGUGAUUCAUGCGGUACCGACUAUGUUUCAAGCCAUGCUAGAUUAUGCCCAAGCAAAAGCAUAUAACACGUCCAAUUUCCUUUUGCGGACGGGGAUCAUUGCAGGUUCAAGCCUUUCAGAGACAUUGCUACAGCGUCUCAAUGCGGAGUUUCAUCUCAACGGCCUUGCCUACGCUUUUGGAAUGACAGAACUUUCGGCUGUGAGUUUCAUGACGACACCAGUGAGUGUAUCGCUUCUUGAGGACCGCUCGUGUGUGGGCACAACGUUACCGCAUACAUCUGCUGUGAUCGUCGACGAAGAUAUGAAUGCGCUUCCCCCUGGCUCCAGAGGGGAGCUUCUGGUGUCUGGAUAUCUCGUGUUCAAGGAGUACUACCGGAAUCCCGAGAAGAGCAAAGACGCAGUAGUCGUUGAUCCUCAAGGCCGCAGGUGGUUACGAACCGGAGACAUCGUGCAACUGAGUGCUUCUGGCACUGCCAUGGUUGUGGGAAGAUUGAAAGACAUGAUCAAAAGGGGUGGUGAGAAUAUAGCACCUAGUGACGUGGAGAGCGUCCUUGAACUUCACCCCCAAAUAGCCGCAGCCGCUGUGGUGGGCUUGCCGGAUGAGCACUGGGGCGAGACUGUCUGCGCAUUCCUUCAGCGCAAUCAGAACAUCGGCUCACUGACGCCUAAAGAGAGUGGUAACCAAGUCAAAGUGUGGCUGCGAAAACGGAUGGCACCACACAAGAUACCAGAACACAUAAUCUGGCUCGGUGAGGAGGAAGGGGUUCCGAGCAGGUUCCCGGUCAAUGUAAGUGGGAAGGUUCUCAAGACUGAACUCAGCGCUGUUGCAGCGCGACUCAUAACAAGACAUCGGUGA